UGGGUUGCUUAAAAUCGACUUGAAAUGAAACAAUGGGUGCACAAAAAGGACGAAAUGAAGUGUCCGCGCUCCAAGUGCAAGGUUGGAAAUUGACAGGGCGUCGGAGCGUGGCCGCCGCGAAUUGCACCUGCCUCGCGAUCGGCCCCGCGCGCUGCAUGGCCAACGACUACGACUCCUUGUUUUUCCAUCGAAUCUGCAUAAUACGCGACCAGAGUGUGCACGAGACGCUAACGACACUUUCGGUCUUUUCGCCCAAUGCACACCACCAACACUCACCACUCGCGUUUGUACACCUUCCUUCGACGAGCAACAACCACUUGCACGGACCAACAGAGGAGAUCAAUACUCGCGGCGCCCUCCUGCAAAAUGCAAACAGUGUGUCACACAUAUACAUACGCAGCCUAACAGCAAAACGCAGCCUGAGGUUUAGACGCCGAUUCCGCUAGUGUGGCGAACACGGCCUCCGAGGUGGCAGGGCAUGUGCACCCCUGCAGCGCCGCCCCUGCCGGCCCACAACCCACCCCCCGAGACAUGGCGGCCAUCAACUUCUCGGCCUCGUUCGCGGCCUGCCUCAAACUACCUCGCCAGUUCAUGUACUGCUUUGCUCAAGAUGGGGGUGGUCCCUACGUGCUGUACAAGGACGGCAUGGACAGAGCCGGACAGUGGCCUGCGCUGCCCCAGCAGCAGCAGCAACAGACGGCCGCUUCACAGCCGCCGCCUCCUCAACCACCCCCGCAGCCAGAAUCUGCCUACAGCCCCCGUGAGGAGGCGCAAGUAGCUGCCCCCAGGGACGUCCCCCAACAACAGCAACACUCCUCGGCGCCUCAGUCGCCCUUUUCCGAGCCAGUCCCUGAGGCGGAUAAGGGCGGAGGCGGCGACCAGAGAAGCAGCAGUGGCUCCUCCCCGGCCACCCCCUUCAACGGGGCCUACAACUACCCCCGAGGGCCGCCGCCCCAGACAAACGGAGGCGGCAUGGGGCCUCCUUUGCUCGGGGGUGGCUUCGGAGCGCUUCACUAUUUGAAACAGCCCGGGGCAGGAAUGCUUCUGGGCGACGAGUACCAACAACAGGCAGCACCGGGUCAAGGUCAGCCGCAGGGUCAACCGGACAUGGGCAAGGGCAAGCCGGGCAGCGAGUUGCGGCUGUUCAAGUGCCAGGCGUGCGGGAAGGACUUCAAGCAGAAGUCGACGCUGCUGCAGCACGAGCGGAUCCACACGGACGCGCGUCCGUACGGGUGUCCAGAGUGCGGAAAACGAUUCCGUCAGCAGAGCCACCUGACGCAGCACCUGCGCAUCCACGCCAACGAGAAGCCGUAUUCAUGCGCGUACUGCGAGCGCACCUUCCGCCAGCGAGCCAUCCUCAAUCAGCACCUGCGCAUCCACUCCGGUGAGAAGCCAUUCGGGUGUGCCGAGUGCGGCAAGCACUUCCGCCAGAAGGCCAUCCUCAACCAGCACGUCCGCACACAUCAAGAUGUCAGUCCGCACCUGGUGUUCAAGAACGGCAGCACCCCAACCCUGUGGCCGCAGGACGUGCCCUACCCACCGGACAACAAGGACGAGUCGUCCGAGUUUGGCCCAGGCGGCACCAACGAGGAGCAGUACAGCGCCUACUUCAAGGACGCAAAGGGCGUUCAACACUCGGUGUUUGGCGGCAACCUGAGCGCCCUGCAGUACCUGAAGCAGGGCAAGGACGGCCGGCUGCCUGACCUCCUGCCGCAGCAACAGCAACACCUCCAGCAACAGCAGCAACAACUGAACCGAGGGAUGCCCUUGUACGUCCGGUGCCCCAUCUGCCAGAAGGAGUUCAAACAGAAGUCGACCCUUCUGCAGCACGGGUGCGUCCACAUCGAGUCGCGGCCCUACCCGUGUCCAGAGUGCGGAAAACGCUUCCGCCAACAGAGCCACCUGACGCAGCACUUGCGCAUCCACACCAACGAAAAGCCGUACGGAUGCGCGUACUGCGGCCGUAACUUCCGCCAACGCACCAUCCUCAACCAGCACCUGCGCAUCCACACCGGCGAGAAGCCCUACAAGUGCGGCCAGUGCGGCAAGGACUUCCGACAAAAGGCCAUCCUGGACCAACACGCGCGCACCCACCAGGGCGAGCGGCCCUUCUGCUGCCCGAUGCCCAACUGCCGGCGCCGCUUUUCCACCGAGGCCGAGGUCAAGAAACACAUCGACAACCACAUGAACCCGCAGAAGAGCCGCUCCAAGCUGCUAGCCGAGUGCAAGCCCAGCCUGCUGCCCAUCGUCAAGCACGAGCUUUACUUCCCUCAGUGCUACGCGCCCUCCACCUUCAACCAGGGACACCAGUUUGGAGCCUCAGACUUCAAGCCGACCCUGCUUGGCAUGCAGCAGCCCACCAACCAUCAGCCGGCCAAUCUGCCCCCCGUCAGCCAGUAAGAAAAGAACACAAACACACACAAACUCUUCGAAAUAUAUUCUUAAUGUGUGGAGUGACGCUUUUGUGGCAAAAGAAGUGAAAUAAUUAUCAAAAUCCUUUAAACAGGCUCUGAAGAAUUUUUAAAUUCAUUUUACAAUUAAAAUUUAGCAUUUCAGUUCUAGUGUAUGAAAUUAUUUUUGUAAUUUUCUUACAUCUCAGUUCAAAUAAUUUUCAAAACAAAUUUAUUUUAAAUUUGAGCCACAUUAAUUUUUUAUUCAAAGCUCUACUCAUAGAUCAAUAUUUACAGAAUUGCUGUGAAAUGAAUUCAAGAAAUAUCCCAAAACAUGCACGUUCUUUUGUCAAAAGAGCUCACUCCGAUAAAGGAUUACUAAUAUGAGCAAACUCACUACUAACGCCCUAUUAAGGGUGCACAUUCAAAGCUUUUUAAUUUUCUUUCCUCAUAUUGCUUGGUGCAGUUUUAACUCUUUCGGAACACCGUUGGUUGAAAAAUGUAAAAGCAGAUUUACGAUGUAUAAAAAAAGAAAGCAUCCUGCAGUUUUAAGGUAAAAAAUAAAAACUUUCAUUUGUCACUGUGAUUUACAAGAAAAAAAGGAGUUUCCAAGCUGUUAUCUAACAAUGAAUGCAUUUUAAAGCUCAAAGUUAUUAAAAAAGAAAAAUGCAGGGAGCUGUCAGCCAGUAAAGUUUAGGAAUUAUCGGUUGUGCAAAAAGAUCGUUUUGAAAAUUUAAAAUAGUUGUUCUUGAGUUAAAGACGGAAUUGUGUAUUCACUUUGGAAGGCAUUUCCCCCCAGAAACGAACGGCAAAUUGUUUGUUGCUCUAAAAUGAAACGAAUAAAAGAAGAAAAAUCCAAAUCACACGGCACAUAGUAAAAAGAGGAUCAUUGGGAUCGAUCUUAGACUGAAUUUCUAUUGUGAUACACAAUUAAAAAAUCAAUUACAAAUCAAGCAAGCAAGCAUUUCCUUUCAAAUUGGGAUUUUACUAUUGAAAGAUUAGAGCGAUAGAGAUUAUUUUUAGAGAGAUGUAGCGAAAGACAAUGUCUAAGGUCACAAGCAAUCAACUCUGUUAAAACGCUGAAGAACGACUGCUCUAAUAAUGUCAAUGGCGAAGUAGGAUAUUGUAUAACUCGAUUGAUUGAUUCACAAAUUGCGUUGUCACUUUUGCCAAGCAAUAAAUUUGGCCCACUUUUGUCUUUCAUCCAAAUUAACUCGUUAGUUUUUGUAAGUACGAAGAAGUAUGUAUACGACAUUUUUCUCAAAUCGAAUGAUCCUUUGGUUUUUUUUGUGAUUGAAAGCGCGAGUGCUAAGCAUCAAAGACUGUGCUGCAAGAGUGUGCUUAAAGAAAUCCAUCAUUAAUUGUUCUCGUGUUUUUCAUUUUUCUCAAACGUGUUUGUUCCUAAAAGAGGCAAAAUGACGAUGAAAAAGUUCCUGCUACUCGAUCGUCUCGGUGUUGUAAUAAUUUAAUUUCCACAGCUAGUAUUAAACAAAAUGAAAAAAACUGUCUGUGGACGCAAGCGCGGCCAUUCUCAACAAAUUGAGCAUAAUUUUUAAAAUCAGAUCAACUCGUGAAUAAACUCAGAUCUUUAAUGAAACGUA